UCUCGUCUCCCGGGUGGUUGGUCUAAUCGCAAAAGCAACCGCUCUCAAAUCAAUGCCCGAGCAUGAAAAUAGUCGCGCAAUGGUGGUGUACACCGACGCUAACCGGGUGGGGAGAAUAUCGCUCGGUACGGAGGUAUACCUGGCCAGAUAUAUAGAGCUAGGGCAGGGCUUCCGUUACGUACAGUCUACUUAGAGUGCUCUCAGGUAUACACGCAUCUCGUGGUGGCACGCAUCGCGUUAAAUUAACCAGAAGUCCGUAGCCGCGUGGACGUAACCGGUUAGCCGAGGGAUAAACCUGAAGGACAAGGCGUUUGGUUUUCGUAUCGAGCCGUGUGAAAGAGUUCUCUUCACUUUAAAAGAUGAAACGGUUCGCGCACCAUUACGUAUGCCUGGCUGUGUUAUUGACAGCGGUCUCCGCUAGAUCGGCCGAAACUAAUCCCACGUCUAACUCAAUCAACGAGCCACAGACCGCAAGAUCAAGUAGCAAUGGCAUAUUUGGCGACCUGCGCUCCGUCUACCAAGUAUACAAAGAAUGUACCGGCACGGAAGUGAGUCCUUGUCUGAAGCUGAAGCUCUUAUCGGCCAUAGACAGGGUUUCUCGGAGCGUCCAGUUGAAUCUGGCUGAUGGUGUCACUCUGGUUCAAGAUGAAUCGGCCGCUAACGAAUCCGAACCGGAGAAAUCUCUGCAGGAAAUCGAAGCUAGUUUACCCCGCGCAUUGGACGAUAAAGAGGACGCUCUUAAUGGCAUGAUUUUCGAUAAGGUCGCAAAAUUUUUUCAAAGCCACACUCUGAAGCUGAAGCUGCCAAACGUAGAGGAGCUUCAACGUAGUCUCACGGAAGAAGGCCGUAAGAAGAAGAAUAAAUUGAGUGGUCUCCUCGCUAUUCCUCUGUUAAUUGGUGGUACUUUAGUACCCCUGGCGCUCGGCGCUCUCGCGCUAUUGGCUGGCAAGGCGCUGAUAGUGAGCAAACUUGCGCUCGUACUCGCUUCGAUCAUUGGAUUAAAGAAACUUGUGUCCGGCGGUCACGAUCACGGACACGAGGUCGUUCAAGUUGGAGGAGGCGGACAUGGAUCGGGCGGAUGGGCGAGGUCGGGACACGAAAUCGCCUACUCUGCAUACAAACCAUCGUCAACCUAGGAAAAAAAAUUUAUAAACCUAAUCAUAGCAUCUCUUGAAUCGAAUGUUUUCUCUCUCGCGAAAUUCCCCUCCCCCCUUGUUUUCGCGCAAUUUUAAUUUAUUUCCAUCCUACGAAUAAUUCUCUACGCAAUUCCGUUGGCGAAACUGUCACAUCUGUCUGAUCUCUCUUUUCACUGUUUCCUAUCCAGUUGUGUUCACUCUAGGUCAUCGCAUGUACGAGGCCACUCAUGCACGAAUCAUCCUCGGUAUUUAUUGCUUUACGCGUAACUGCGAUACGCUCGCUGUCAUAUAAUAUGUAUAUUUAUAAAUACGCAAAAUAAAUUAAGAC